AUGGAUCACAUAAAUAAAGACAACCUUCAUGAUUUAAACAAAAAGUUAACAGAAGAAAAUUAAAGACUAUCACUUCUUGUAUAUGGUUUAUAACGACAAUUACAAAAUGCUGCAGUUCAGAUCAAUUAUGUGCAAUAAAUUGAAGAAAAAUUAGAGUUGUUGCAAUUUGAGAUAAUCCAAUUAAAAAAAGAUAAUUAAUUAUUACAAGAAUAAACAUUCAUAUAUAAUGAGUAAUAAAUGCAAAAGGAUUAACUCUAAUUGUAACUUGAUAAUAUGAAAUCUGAAUAUGAGUAGAAGUUACAAUUUCUAAUUAAAGAAAAUAAGAGAUUAGGAAGACUUAAUAAAGAGAUAUAAACUAAAUAAACUUGCUCACUUGAAACAUAAGCAUAAAAAUUGGUUGAAUUAGGCAAUGAUCUAAAAAAUAAACUGGAAACUUUCAAUUAAUAAUCAAAUAAUCUCAAUUAAACUAUGAUAGGUCCCAAAGGUUUGACUAAAAAGAUUUAUGACAAUUUGAUCUAACAAUUGUAAACUACAGAUGAAAAGUCAUUCUAAAUUACCCAGUAUAAAAUUAUUAUUAUUCAUUUUAGUGCUAAAAGAUUACCAAUAAUAUAAGUAAAGGAAGUAAAAUAAUAACCAUACAGUUAAAAAAGCUUGGUUAGCAUACCUAUCAUUUCGAGUAUAACGAGUAUAAAAUGA